CAGUCAUUGAGCCAUCGUCAGAUAGGGUUUCAGCUUUACUAUAUAUCCUAUUAUGCCACAAGCUGCAAGUAAUCGUUGCAGCAACGGUCGUUGUGAUUACAAACCUAUAAUACGACUUGUUUACCCUCACCACAGCAUCUAAUUAUCGUUCGCACCAAGGAUGGAUACAAAAGCUCGAUAUAGCGCGGCUAUAGCUGUCCUGUCUACUCCUGAGCUUCUCGAGGCAAUCUUACUGAACGUCGAUAUGAAGACUCUUUUAUUAUCACAGAGAGUGAGCCGACGCUGGGGGCGCAUCAUGGCUUCGUCUCUUAUAAUACAACAGGCACUGUUCUUUCGGCCUGUUCAGAAGGCGUCAUCAAUAAUCCCAUUUGAUCCGACAGACAAAGACAACGAUUUCGGCGAUCAUGACUCUAAGAUAAUAUAUAACCCAUUGCUAGUGGCAAAGUUUGGUUCUGCUUUCUUUAGGCGUGGUAACGAGGGCUACUACACUCAAAUAUGCCACCCUGCCAAAUACUUCUACAAGCUUCCCUGGUAUGCUAGGAACGCUGCCUAUGUCAACAUCGAUGCUUGGGACGAAGUCUCAGAUGAAGAUGAACCAGGCCCGGAAGUGGUUGCAGAAGAGAAGUCAAUUAGGCGAUGUUUCACACGCAGCGGUGCAAGCUGGCGACAGAUGCUAGUCUCACAACCACCCCCGCCAUUACGUGGUUACUGUUGGGCAGAUUUAAGCCCAGCGUGGCAAACGGUAUCGACAGCAAUGGUAGAGCCAUCCCGUGGAGGUCUUCGGAUGGGUGAACUAUACGAUAUGGUUCAAUAUCACUCAGGCCAUCGUGAGCACAACUCCAUGAAGUGGUUCCCGGUAACACAAAGGGGACUGGGAUUACGAUUUGUGUUCGACACCCAAGAAGGCGUUCAAGAAAUGAUGAAUGAGAUAGACUUUGCUGUUGAAUUCCAACACGUUAUGGGCUCUGGCAUGUAUUUCCGGGAGCCGUCGGAUGUGGAGGCUUUCGACGCGGAAUUCCGCAGCGAUGAUUUCAGGUAUAUUAAUGCCAACACUGAAGCAGUAUCGGAGAAGCCCUCCUGAGUGGUGCGUAUCGAGUAAAUGAAAUAAACUGUGUAGAUUGCAUAAUAAAGGG